AUGCUUCGUGAAGUGUUACUCGCUUUAUUCAUUGCAACAGCUUCAUCUGUAACGCCGUCGCCGCCACGAUGGCCUUCAGUUUGGAUGUCAACUGGAAGUGCGCAUUAUUUAUUCAAUAAUCAAACCGUAUCCGCACAAAUCUAUUAUGACUGGACUCGACCGGCACAGGUGAUGAAUUUAAUGAGAGAAGAUUCUUAUACAUAUACAAUCAUGCACAAUGGAACAACAGUUUGGCGAUUAGAACGUGCCAAUCGGUCAUGUUGCAUCGAUCCACAACAAACAGGUGUCACACCACCAAGACCUGACUGGCUACAAAUCGGUAAUGAUACGACAUACGAUGGAAUUGUUACAGUCAUGGAACACGCAUGUCAUUCCUGGACAAAAAAUGUACCAGAUGUGGCGACAUUCUCGUGGCUGACAUCAGUUGCUACUGGUGUACCAUGUCGUCUCGGAUGGUUAAAUGCCAUGCACGCUGAUUUCUCAUACUAUUCGGAAGAUCGAAAUUUAUUGCCAAAAGGUAUAUUUGAUGUACCGGAGUAUUGUCCACACGUGAUAACAGAUCCAAAUUGUAGUAUUAUGCACUUUUAA